AAAAUAAUCAGUCUAGUUUUCGAGCCCCUAUCACUCUUUCUUUCGAGGAACACAAGAAGAAGCUAUAUUAUUAAUCUCCCAUUGUGUUCGUGUGGAAGACAACAUAUUGUUUGAUCUUUGUUGUUCCGACAACACGGGAAAAUGGAUAGACGACGAAGGAGACAGAGCAAGGCCAAAGCGUCUUGUUCCGAAGAAGUGAGUAGUAUCGAAUGGGAAGCUGUGAAGAUGUCGGAGGAAGAAGAAGAUCUCAUUUCUCGGAUGUAUAAACUCGUCGGUGACAGGUGGGAAUUGAUAGCCGGGAGGAUUCCGGGACGGACGCCGGAGGAGAUCGAAAGAUAUUGGCUUAUGAAACACGGUGCCGUUUUUGCCAACAAACGAAGAGAUUUUGCUAGGAGAUGAUUUUUUUUUUGUAAGAAAAUGUUUAUCAUCUCCUGAAAUUCACAUGCCAAGAAAAAAGGAAAAGUAGAUGAUCUUUUAAUUUACUAGUUUGGAAUGUAUAAUUAAUCUCUAGAUAAAAAAUAUUCUUAGGAGCUUCAAUU